AUAGAUUACACUACUAAUCCCAAUUCAUGGAGACUAGUCAGUCACUUCUAAAUUAGAGCAUGCCUUUCUUCAGGGGACUCACAAGGAAAAAACUUAUUUCCUCUGCCUCUGCAGUAAGGUGGAAGAAAGAGAAGGAUUGUUAUUUAAAGAAUGGAAGUUCUGUGCUUCAGGAGCUUCUUGCUUUAUGCGAUGGAAAUUGCAGAAUUCCCAUUCGGUACUUCAGUACCAUAGAGAUCGAUUAUGCAAUUAAACACUCUACAACCAAAAUGGAGCUCCGCGGUGUGGUUUUGGUUACGGGCUCCCUAGACAACCGCCCCAUUUUAGUUAGGUUCAACAGAUAUAAAUUCUUCAAUAUCCACCGAGAUAUAGCGAUUACUGCUCAGAUGAGUCAUCUCAAGAAUGUGUUGAGACUUAUCAGUUGCUGUCUAGAAUUUGAACAACCAGUUAUGGUGUAUGAAUAUGUUGAAGGUAUAUCUCUUUUCGUUCUACUUUUCAAAAAGGUUAAUCUUAAUAGAAAAUCGCUAUGUUGGGGAAAUAGAUUACGAGUUGCACGUGAUGUCGCUUCUGCAAUCGUUUUCCUUCAUACUGAAUUUACUACGCCUAUCAUCCACAGAGAUAUAAAGCCAUCUAAUGUGAUAAUAGAUGAGAAGAGCGGCGUUGCCAAAAUAUUGAACUUCUCACUCUCCAUAUCAUUACCUCCAGGGGAAUUGGAGGUACGAGAUGAUGGUGUGUGUGGAACAGAGGGGUAUAUAGCUCCAGAAUAUAAGCACCAGUUAAUUAUUACUCAAAAAACUGAUGUCUACAGCUUUGGGAUUCUCCUCAUUCAGAUAUUAACUGGAGUGGACGUGUACGAUAUUAUGAUAAUUGUAAAAGGUACAUAUUCAAUACCGACAUUAAAUUAUAUAGAUAGAGUGAAAAAUGCAACCAACCUCGUCGAUCGUUAUAUUAAAGAGGAUAAUGUACUAGAUAUAGUGGAUGCUACCAUUUUAGAAGAACAUGGAAUUGAGAUUCAACAACAAUUGAAAGACUACUUGGACCUUGCUAGGAAAUGCACAGCUGACAAGGGAGAUGAUAGACCAUACAUGAUUCAUGUCGCAAGGGAAUUGUGUCGAAUUGAAAAGUGUUUUCGCUCUUGGUCAAAAUUAAAUGUUUAGAGGUUCCAAUUUCAAGGAAAUUUAUCCGUAGUUUUGUAUUUGUCAUUUGCCGGCCAUUUGGAUAU